CCCCAACACAAACUCAGAGACACACACUCAGAGACACAUACACACACACACUUACACCACACCCCUCAGAACAUUGGUCACUGACACCACGGCCCCGCCCACACAGUGACUCCUUUAAAAAGUCACGCCAGGCACAGGGAGUAGAAGUUACACAGACUGCUCCUUUAAACACUCAGAUCUGCACACACAGCUUUGAACUGAUUUCCUAAAGAUCAGCUGACUUUGACAGGAGACAAAACGUUCUUCUCUGUGUCCUAAACUUGUCUCAAACUAAUAGGAGACAUUUUGUGAAUUGUUUAACAUUUUUGAGUCAUCAGAGGAACGUUUCUGAGGACUCUUCCUCGUCUUCAUCAUCUUGUUUCUUGAGGGAAUCUCCUGCAGGGGACGAUGGAUCUGUCCGAUCUUCCCUUCCCUCUCUCCUCAGCUGAUGACCUUUACGAUGACCCCUGCUUCAGCACCAGCGACAUGAACCUCUUCGACGACCUGGACUCCCGGUUGAUGCACGCCGGCCUGCUGAAGUCGGAGGACCAUCUUCACCUCCAUCACCAACACAACCAUCACGUUCCUAACGGGGAGGAGGAGGACGAGCAUGUGCGGGCCCCCGGGGGCCUCCACCAGUCGGGGCACUGCCUGCUCUGGGCCUGCAAAGCCUGCAAGAGAAAGACAACACACGAAGACCGCAGGAAAGCAGCGACCAUGCGGGAAAGGCGGCGGCUCGGUAAGGUGAACGACGCCUUCGAGACCCUGAAGCGCUGCACGGCGUCCAAUCCCAACCAGCGGUUGCCCAAAGUGGAGAUCCUGAGAAACGCCAUCAGCUACAUCGAGUCCCUGCAGGCGCUGCUGAGGACGGGCCGAGACGACAGCUUCUACCCGCUGCUCGAGCACUACAGCGGAGACUCAGACGCCUCCAGCCCCCACUCCAACUGCUCCGAUGGCACGACGGAUUUCAUCUCUUCAUGUUCGGCCAAGAGUGAAAACAGCGACGGCUCUUUCUGCAGCCGGACAGACGAUUCCAACAAGCGGUCACUCAUUUCCAGUUUGGACUGUUUGUCCAGCAUCGUAGAGCGGAUCAGCACAGAUCCAGCGGUGGCCCCCCAGGGCGACAGCGUGGUCCCCCUGGGCCCCGGAUCUCCUCUGAACAGCCCUGCAGGCUGCAGUCCAAACAGUAUCUAUGAGCCUCUCUGAACCCCCCCAAACAAAGACCUCAUAAGACUUUUACCCCGAACAUUUGAGUUAUUUUUCUCAAGACUGUUGCUUCAGUCUUUGUACUCCAACCUGCUGAUUUCCAUCCACUUCAAAGAAAUAUUUCUCUAAGCUGCAGAAAAAUAAGA